CCCGUGUGGAAAUGAGAGAAGUUGCCUUCCCGCGAAUUAAAGCAGAGCUUCUAGGGGAUUCUACAUCUGCCCAUACCACAUGCCAUGAAAUUGAUUUGGUGAAGAUCGGCCGUUAAGACGCCUUCAAAGCAAAACUAAGCCAAGCUAGUUUUGGACUAUUGACUGGUGACGUGUCCAAGAUGACAGUCACAUUGGCUACUGGCGUAAAAGUGAUGUACCCAGAGGAUAUUGUUAAUUACAAGCGCGCCUCUCCGAAAAGAACACAGACUUCGUUCAACAUCAGACCAUUCCAAGUUGCAGAUACCAAAACCAUUCAAGAUGUAUAUCUUGAAGCUCAUAAUAGCUUCAUUUUCCCCGCCUUCGAAGCAGGACUGCAAAAGCCUUACAUCAACGUCCCUGCGUUACUCUUUGUCCAUUGUUUGACUACGAUCACGGAGUCGUUGUACAUCGGUAUCGGUCUGUUAUUCAUACUUGUUGUAGGAGUGUACUUGUCUUACAGGGUAAAAUUCAUGAAUCACCUGAACCACUCAAUGACAACAGAUCUCCACGACAUUGAGAACUUUUAUCAAUGUGGGUCGGACGAGUCAAGUUUCUGGGUUGCUGAAAUUGCUGGUAAAGUGGUGGGAUUUGUUGGUAUGAAACAAAGAGAUUCCACAACCAUAGAGCUUCAGAGACUUACAGUUGCUCCACAAUAUCGUAGACGCGGGAUUGGCGAGAGCCUGUGCCGCAACGUUAUCUCCUUCUAUAAGCGCAAGAAAUUUCAACAGCUAAUACUGGAAUGUACAGAAGUUCAUUUCGCUGGAAAAAGCCUUUAUGCAAAGUUAGGCUUCAACAUCGACGAGCGUAUAGCUGCACCUUUUGCGUUGUCAGCCAUUACCUUGGAGCACUACUCUUUGAAUUUGACCUAAAACGUCGACAUUUGCUUCCAGUGAACUGGAUUUGAGCAGAGUCGUGAUUUAUUUCAGCUCAGAGAAAGCUGACGUGAAUUUCAUUGUCUACGAGGCAACAGUGUUCAGAAUUGUCAGUGAUGUCCCAGUGGUUGCAAUUGGUAAUCGUUCAACAAAGUCGACAACAUGAUACCUACAUUGCAUUGAAGAUCUGAACACACUGUACAAGCAUAUCUAAAAAAGGGAAUAUUAUUUUAUUGUUUCCAUGUUCACUUCAGUGAAUAUUGAAUCACGUCUUCAACGAAAUGAUUAAAAUUCUCUGGACAAUUACAAAAAGAAUUCAAAGCUUUUUGAAGAUCUAUUAUUAUAAUGAUAUAAUAUCAUGUCGAAUUUUAUGAUAAAUGCACUUGUAGAAAACAGUACACCUGAAAGAAAGAAAGAAAAUGUUGCUAGGCAGCUUGAGCACUACGUUUUUAUUAUUUAUUGCUGCCAUUUAUAGUGCGGUAUUUUUAUAGCAUAUAUAUUCGUAAGGAAUAUACUAGUUCAGUGUAAUGUACACAUUUUACAUGUAAGUUCACUUACUCUACUUCUGAGAUAACAUAAUUUCACUUAAAAAGUAAGUUGUCUUUAAGUUGUCUAGUAUAUUCGAUGAAUAAAAAGCUAGGCAUUCCUAGAGUUCUAGUUCGCCACAAUUCAUAAACAUUAAAUAUAUAAUAUUAAAUACAAGCGAUGUAUGCACGUGAUAUGACCAUCCCCAGGGGGGUACUCCCCCCA